AAUGAGAUAUUGUCAUGCAAGCGGAUAUUGCAAAAAAAUAAAACUAUUGUUUUUUAAAUAAUGCAUAAAGUUAUGACAACGAAUAAUCUACAAAAUUAUUCAAAUAAAAGAAAAUGUUCUCUACAAUUACCUGCAGCAAUAAGUUCUUGUCUCAUACGACUAGGAUUUGGAACAGUAAUUCACUGGUCAUCACCAGCAAUACCUCAUUUAACAUCAUCAAAUUCAAAAUUUAUAAUAAAUUCAAACGAAGCAUCUUGGGUUGUAUCUUUAGCUACUUUUGGUGCUCUUAUUGGAUUUCUUCUUUAUCCUUUAUUUUUCAAUAGAAUAGGACGAAAGUACACAAUGCUUUUAUUUGCCAUACCACAAAUUUUUUCUUGGCUCACAAUUUAUUAUGCAUCAAAUGUAUAUCAUCUUUAUGCUGCAAGAAUUCUCUCUGGAAUUGGAUAUAGUGCAAGUUAUGUUGUCGAUAUUAUUUAUGUGGGUGAAAUUGCAGAAAAAAAUAUUCGCGGUUUUUUAAUUGUCAUUGGAAAAAUUGCAUACGUUCUAGGAUCACUUAUUGUUGUUAUACUUGGAGCUUUUGUUACCUAUGACAAUAUGAAUUUAAUAUUGUUAUUAAUAUCAUUGAUUUUUGUUGUGACAUUUUCAUUUAUGCCCGAAUCACCAUAUUUUUAUAUUAAAAUUAAUAGAGAAGAAGAUGCAUUUCAAAGUCUAGUGAAAUUACGUGGAACACGUGAUACAAAAUUAUUGGAAUUAGAAAUCGAAUCAAUGAAAAAAGGAAUAAUAAAAACGAAUAAUUCAAAAAAAAUUUUACUCAUGAAAUUAUUUAGUGUGAGAAGUAAUAGAAAAGCUCUACUAAUCUGUACUCUUGGUACUUUAAGUUUUGCUUUUUCUGGAUCAACAGUAAUUGCAGGACAUGCUCAAACAAUUAUUGGAUAUAUUGACACUCCAUUAAAACCUGAGCAAGCGACAGUUUUAAUAAUGAUAAUAGUAUUAAUUUCCUCAAUUAUAAUAUCACCAAUUCCUGAUUUAUUGGGUAGAAGAAUUUUAACUUUUUUGUAUGGAAUUUUGGUUGGAUUAAGUUCAUUUACAAUUGGUGGUUUCUUUUUUUAUAAAUAUUAUUUUAACGGUCAAUUGUCAUCAAUUUAUUGGAUUCCAUUUGUUGCAUUAUUAAUUUAUAUAGUUGGCAGUAGUUCUGGUUUACUUAGUCUUAGUCAAAUUCAAGUAGCGGAACUUUUAUCAAUUGAAAUCAAAAGUUCAGCUUCUUCUAUUAAUAAUAUAUUAUGGUCAAUUGUAGAUUUCUUUCUUCAAUUGAGCUUUGGAUAUUUAGUUAGUGUUUUUAAAAUAUACGGUGUUUUUUGGUUAUAUGGAAUAGUCACUUUGAUUAUUACAUUGUCUAAUUAUAUUAUUAUGCCUGAAACUAAAGGAAAGACUUUAGAAGAAAUACAGGAAUUGCUUGAAGAAAUGUAAUUUAUUCUUUUGUAAAUUAUUAUGUAUUUAUUAAAAUCAACCUCUCAAUUUUUGUUGAGAUGGCACAAUAAAUAUUUUAUAUCUUAUUAUAAUGAAAGUUUUCUCUAAAUUUAAAAAAAUAUUUUUUCGCAUUUAAAAAAUUAAUAUAUAAUAUUACGUUCAAUAUUUUUUUACAGAACGUGCAUGAAAUUAUGAAAUAUGACAAAUAAAUUAUUUUAUCAUAUAUACACUACAGAUAUAGAAAUUAUAUAGCCUUCGAUAUUUUUCUUUAUGAUUGUAAAACAACUUUAAAAUUAAAAAAAUAUAAAAAUUAAAUUUUGUUCCUUUUAAAAUAUUUCCUAUAAAAACUGACAAAAUUCUGAAAGAAAUGAUUAUAUAAUUAGAGUUUUAGUAUAUGAUAAAUAAGAUGAAAUACAUAAAAAAAAAUUAAUUUUUCUUUGGAAAGUUAAAUAUUUUUUUUUUAAAUUUAAAGUAUAACAAAUCAUUUACAUUUAUGUAAAACAAUAUAUUUUUUUCCAUUUGCGUCAUUGUGACAAAAAUUAAACAGCAAAAAGCCAUGGUUUAUAAACAAAUUCUGGAUUUUGACUUGUCGUCGAUGUCGAUUGGACCAACCAACGCUUUGAUCGACUUAUUUUAUCUGUUUCUUGUGAUUUUAAUAAUUUUUUAUCUUCCAAUGAAUCCAUUUCAAUUUUACUAUCCUCUUCUGAGCCUCUUGUAUAUUCUUCUGAUUCGAAAUUUUUUUU